AUGAGCACACUUAAGCAGGCACAGGCCUCGCGCCAAGAUCAACUUGUACGGUAUGCAACGCAGGAGCUGGGCGACCUGAGCGCGGGCCGCGUCUCGUCCGAGCGCUGGCUGGAGUCCAUCAACCGGCACCUUCCGGAGGAGGCGCAGAUGGGCGCGCUCAACGAGCUGUACAUCAUCGGCACCGCCUACCUGGGGGUCGCCGGUCGCUUCCUGGGCAAGUACGCGCGCGAACUCGACCGGCUGCGGCUCUUCGUCGGCUGGCACGUGACCCGCUCGCUGCUGCCGCUGGCCUCGUACGAGCUCGCCAAGGCCCUGCUGGCCGAGACGAGCGAGGCCCAGAUGGCCGUCGCCUACCUGGAGUCGUGCAUCGGCCGCGUGUCCGAGAUGGCGCCCUUCGCGCUGGCGCACUUCUUCUUCGCCAAGUUCCUGCCCGCGGGCGCGCUCAAGACGGCCGACCACAUGGUGAACGCGAUCCGCGACUCGUCGCUGCUCGCGUUCCGCAACCUGUCCUGGAUGGAGGACGCGACUCGGCGCGAGGCCGUCAACAAGCUCUCCUCGCUGCACGAGAUCGUCGCGUUCCCCAAGGAGCUGUCGUCGGCCGAGGCCAUUGACGCCCACUACUCCUAUCUGCCAAAGCUCAGGCGCCCGUUCCUGCGCGCCUACACCGAGUCCCUGCGCGCCGCCCUGGCGCAGUCCAAGCCGCUGCUGCGCGGCGGGCGCGGCAACCGGUCCAUCAACCGCGAGCUGUACCUGCACGCGCAGCCGAUACCGGUGAACGCGUUCUACAUGUUCGUCUACCACGUGAUGUUCAUCAUGCCGUCCAUCCAGUUCCCGCCCUACUUCGCGCGCUCCCUGCCGGCCGCCGCGCGCUUCGGGGGCCUCGGUCACGUGGUCGGUCACGAGAUCACGCACGUGUUCGACCCCUUCAUGGGAAACAUGGACCAGACCGGAGUCAAGGUGAACUGGUUCUCUGAGGCGUCGCGGCUGAGCUUCAUCGGCCGCCUCGAGUGCCUCGUGCAGCAGUACAGCGAGGCGUCGAACCGCUACCGCGAGCCGACCUCGCUGACGCUGUCCGAGGACUUCGCCGACAACAGCGGCCUGGAGCACACGUUCGCCGCCUACCGGCGCGCCGUGGGCCGCGGGGCCGACGCCUCCGGGGUGGGCGGCUUCGGCAACGACCAGCUCUUCUUCCUCGCCUCGUGCCACAAGUGGUGCUCGGCGAGGGCCGAGCUCAACUCGCCCUACUACUCGCCCAAGAACCUGCGCUGCAACGUGCCGCUCAUGAACAACGCCGAGUUCGCCGCCGCCUACGGCUGCCGGCCCGGGGCGCCCAUGAACCCCGUCAAGAAGUGCACCUUCAAGUGAAGAGAGGCGACGGUGCGGGGGAGGGGGGGCGUAUUAUUUAUAGAAAGAUAAAAGCGAU